AUGGAGUUGCUUUUAGUUUUGUCUCUUUUUUCUUUUGGCCUGGCAUAUGAUAAAGCAUCAUUUUAUGGAGCCAGUUACAUAUCAUACCCUCUUCAAGAAGCCAAAGGAAUAACAGACAUAAGUUUUAAAUUUCGAACUCAUCUUUCUGAUGCUCUGCUUCUACUUGCUGCUGGAAAAACUGAUUAUUGUAUGAUUCGCUUGGAGAGUGGUCGCUUAAAACUGCAUAUUAAUCUUGGAGCAGGUGAGAGUGAGCUAUCAUCACCUAAAGGGAUUCAUCUAAAUGAUACACAAUGGCAUCAUGUUAGUAUCAUACGAAGAGAAGCAAAUCUUACCAUGAAGGUGGACGAGAGCACAGUUAAGAAGCGCCUUCCGGGAAGAUUUUUCGAAUUGAAUAUACACUUCGGCAUAUUCCUAGGCGGUCAAGGCGACUUUUCGGAACUGUUCUUGGGGCACAUGGAAAAUUUUCGUGGCUGUAUGGAAGACGUGUACUACAAUGGUGUUAAAAUAAUAGACAAGGCCCGUAGCCGCAGUGGCUCUGUGCAUGUAGAAGGAGUCACUUGGAAUUGCGCCCCAGAGUUCGACGCCGAUAUUAACUCCGAUAUAAGUUUCGUUGACGAAGGUGCUUAUUUGAUUUUACCGAGGAUCAAUUCCAGGGCAGGAGGGAGAUGGCAGAUAGAGUUCAAAACUAUAACACCGAACGCCGUAAUUCUGUACAACCCUGGAGGAGGACGCGGCUCUGACUUCUUGGCUGUGGAGAUUCUCGAAGGAGUGGUACGGGUUAAGAUGGCGAAGGGUCAGAUAGCUCACACAGUCAGAGUUAAUGAUGGACAGUGGCACAAAAUGCAUUUGCUGUUCAAUCCAUCGCUUAUUGAGCUAUCUGUGGACAACAUAGCGAUGAGCACUCGCAUAGAAAGCGGAGGGAUGCGAUAUCUAGAUCUAUCAGACUCUUUCUAUCUUGGUGGAAUAGAAAGUGAGAAGCGACAGCGAGCCUUUGCUAAGGGGAUCAAAGCUGCCGAUUCCAGUAUUAUGGGAUGCAUCAAACCGAUUGAAGUCGACGACAAGCUCUUCGGCUUGCCAAACGCUGUGGUGACAUACGGUGUCAGUCCCAAGUGCGUGUGGUGGUAUCCUUGUCACGCGAAUCCAGGCAAUCCGCCUUGUCUUACAAGUGCGAUUUGUGAGCAACACGGUCUAGACCAUUUCACCUGUAAAUGCGACUCCGAGCUGUGCAUCAAUCCUGAUUACGCCGAGAAGUAUAAGGUGUUCUCGAAAUCAAGCAGCGAACUGGAAUUGGUAUCGCUUUACCCCUUGACAGUCCAAGAGGGCGGUGUGGCGGUCAUCACUACACAGAAUAUAGACGUUGUACUCGAUCACCAUAAGUACGGUGUAAGACCUUCGGGCGUGGUGCUUCAUGUGGCCCAGUCACCGUUGCACGGACGUAUCGCGGUUGAUCUAUCUCUGCAGAGAAAUUCGCCACAGUACGCCAACUUUAUUGAUGGUGAUGGAAAAUCUAAGCAGUUUUUCACCCUUAUGGAUCUGUCCAGAGAUAAGGUGCGCUACGUUCACGAUGGCUCCGAGAACCACCAAGACGCCAUCGUUUUAGAAAUGGAGCUGGUUCCAGAAGCGAGGUUCACGCUACCCAGCUACCUGCAGGGACGCAACGCGUUCGCUUUACACGUCAACGUAACACCCGUGAAUGAUGCGCCCGUGUUAAAUCUGCCACCAGGGAGAGUGCUGCGACUGACACAGGGUACACGCAAGGUAAUUACUUCGGACAUCCUGAAAGCUGAGGACCCGGAUACUGCGCCCGAAGACUUACUCUAUACCGUUUUGCAUGGCAAGAAUGAGGCUGGCAGUGGUCACAUCGAAAUGUCCGGUCAGCCGGUAGAUUCGUUUACCCAACAAGACAUCGACUCGGGAGUAAUCUCUUACGUCCACGGCUCUGGUGGUGACAAACAACUCAAUAAAACCUCGCUACGUCUAACUUUACAGGUGUCCGACGGUAUAGAGACUAGCGGGCCCAGUGUACUCCGCAUCUCCAUAGUUCCGUUACAAGUGCGUUUGGUGAAUAACACCGGACUACAGUUGGUGCACAAUUCGUACGCUCUAAUCUCUGCUGACAACCUCACCUUUACCACUAACGCUGAAGAGAGCAAUCCGCAAGUCAGAUACGACAUUGUAAAACCACCCCAGUUCGGCGUGGUUGAACGACUCCGCGUGUUGGACGGUACAUGGCAGACGGUGGACUCGUUCACCAGCGAAAUGGUCAACUUCGGACGAGUCCGCUAUAUGCACCUGUUGGGUAACCCGUCGCACGACGAGUUUAAGUUCAAAGCUUCAGUGGGCGCGAUACGAACGAGCAUACUAUACGACUUUCGACUGACUUUCAUCAAACUCGAGCUAUACCAAGCAAUGAAUGAGGAGCUCGUUCUAAACAAUACCAGAGAAGCCUUUAUUUCGGCGCAGCAUCUACGUUUUCAGACAAGACCGUUGUCCUUGUCCGGAGAUCGGAUCCUCUACACCGUGUUGAAAGCACCGAAGUACGGGAUUCUGCAUUUGUCUUCGGGCAAACACCACUUGCAAGCGUACGGCACGUUCACGCAGCAAGAUAUAGACACGGACCAACUGUGGUACCGUUUACACAGGCGAGCGUAUUCGCACGUUCACGACGAGUUUGCGUUCGUAGUGGGGGCGACAGAGUGCGAAAAUGUGACGGGCAUUAUGACCAUACGUCACACGCCUAGCUAUCUAACGUCCGAUCAUUCUCCGGGUAGAGUGCACACAACUUUAGAGAGGCUACAAGUGAUGGAAGGCUCCAGAAUGGCAAUCCCGGCGUCCCAUUUGAAUUUCCGUACAGACUCCGUAACAAACCUACUGUUCAACAUCACCCAUUUGCCAAGACACGGCAAGAUAGAAGUGAUCAAUGAGAAUUUAAAAGUGGUCAGAGACAACACCACUUAUUUCACUCUUCAAGAACUGAACACCGAUCGUGUUUACUACGCCCAUGAUGACUCUGAAAGCAGACACGAUUCAUUCCACUUCAUGGCUCUGAGCCCGGAGCCGGAGGAUUUUCAGUACGUCGGCGUGUUCCACAUAGAUAUUAUACUGAAAAACGACAAUAGUCCCGUUCGUGUGAACGAAAAGGUGUUCCACAUAGUACACGGCGGCGCCAGACUUAUAACCUCGAGGGACUUGAGUUAUACCGACGCAGACUUGGAUACGAGACCAUCCGAUAUCAUCUACACGGUGCAGAGGUUCACGAAGGACCCCCCAAAUGGUGGCAUCUUUCGCGCUGAUAACCCCUCUGAACAAAUCGCUCAGUUCUCACAAGACGAUAUCAAUAAAAACUUGGUACUGUUCAAGCAUCAAGGGAAGGAGUUUGGCAAAAUAGCGUUUUGGAUUUCGGACGGCCUGUUCGAUGUCAACGGGAACCUGGAGAUCCAGGCCUCGCCGCCUUUCAUAAGGAUGUACCCUACAAAUGGAUCGAUCGUUGAAAAUGGCAAAGCUGUGGUCAUCACCAACAGGGAGAUGCAGGUGGACACAAAUAUGAAUUGUCUGGAGGAAGACAUCCGAUAUGAAGUGAUACAAGAGCCCAAACACGGGUCUAUAGAAGUUGGCGAGGGUUUGGGUGCGUUUACCUUCACACAGCUGGACGUAGCCGCAGGAAGAGUGGCCUAUAGACAUAGGGAGCCCAAGACUCCCAGUGAUUCUUUCAGGUUCAAAGUGAUGUGUCUAGACACGUGGGGUGAAGGUUCUUAUCCGAUAAAGAUAUUCCCUUCGAGUUACUGGGAGCCAUUACGUGUGACUACAAAUCAACCGCUUAUCGUUGAAGAGUCAACUAGCGUCAAUAUAACCAAAGAUGUUCUGGAGGUCAUGCAUCCACAAAUAGAACCUUCGAACAUAGUUUACCAAGUUACCGAAGGCCCUUACUACGGUUGGCUUGAAAUAACUUCAACUCCUGGCACAGUCGAGGUCGAAAACUACAAUGAAGAACCAGUCCACACUAGAGUAUUUGAUCAGUCAAUAAUAAACGUCAAUCGGCUAACUUACGUACAGUCUGGUGUCAACCGCACCAGAGACAAGAUCAAAAUGGACGUAACUAAUGGAAUUGUAUGGCUGCGGGGCGUCGAGUUGACUGUCAUUAUUAUCCCAGAGCACUUUUACGUGACAGCUAUCAACAUGACAGUUGUGGAAGGGGAAGCUGUCAGCUUGAGGCCAGAUUUGUUUAGGACUGUGACAGACUACUAUCGGGGAAAAGUGGUAUCUUACAAAGUGAUCGAGAAGCCGAAGUACGGGAAAGUUGUGAUGGGUGAUCAGGAGAUUGGUCUGUUGCCGGUUUUGAAGCUGAACUCGGGUAAUAUUCAGUACGUAAACGACGGAUCCGAGGAGUCGUCAGAUGCGAUCAGAUUGGUGGCAGUGACCGAAGGUGGGAAAGAGAGCGAACCGUUCUACCUUCGAUUUAACAUCGCGCCUGUCAACGACGAGACGCCAAUAGUGGCAGCAAAUACGGGACUCUGUGUAUGGGAGGGUGGUACUUUUACUUUUACCAGGAACGAACUAUACGUGAACGACAUCGACACACCAUUGGAGAACGUCACCAUACGCGUGGUGGACAUCGUAUCGGGAUAUAUCGCGAUUAAAAGCGACCUGGACACUCCUGUUCAUUACUUCACGCAGGCUGACAUUGAUCGGGGGCGUGUUGUGUUCGUGCAUACAAAUGGAACAAAAGGCAAAAUGAUCUUCAACGUCACUGACGGACUCCACGAGCUAUCCAAAAUUACUUUCCUCAUAUCGACCAAGUCGGUCUCCCUUAAGCUAGUCAGAAGGCACAAACUGCGCGUCUUCCCGCUAAUGAGAGAACCGCUCAAUAACUACUUCUUGAUGUCCAAAUGCUCUGAUCCAACCAGAACUGUUACGUACAAAAUUGUCCGAGCGCCAACUCUUGGCAGACUGGUUAUGUUGAACGGCGACAAUCAUCAUAGAUCCAUAAAACAGUUCACGCAAGAGGAUAUCAACAAUACUCUAGUGUAUUACGAACAUACCCAUCCAUUCUCCGAUUUAUACACGAACGACUCUUUCGUGUUCACUGUUGAAGCGGCUCUUGCGAAACCGGUGACCGACCAAACGUUCGAUAUUGAAAUUUCCGUAUCCUCCGGUGGUCUUGCUAAAUAUGUGAAUAUCCCGCUGACUAAAGUUCAAGAAGGGGCGAACGUCCCUAUUGUGGUGAACGUUAGCAACGUAAUAGGGUAUUUAGAGACUCAAGCGGGUGUCAGACAGCCACAAAUAGAAGCACAGUGGUCCCAACCGGCACAUGGCCGAUUAAACCCAUUAAUGUUAUCCUUGACUCAAGUACAAUUGGAAACGGGCCUUGUGAAUUACGAGCACGACGGCUCCGACACUUUAGAAGAUAAAAUAGACAUGUCCUUGUACCUUCUGCCAGACUACGUGCUCCUCUGUAACGUCACUAUACCAAUUACAAUUGUGCCCGUCAACGACCAACCGUUUAGGCUACUAACAGACUCGCCCCAGAUACAAGUGGUCCAAGGCGAGAACUACACUAUCACUCAGAAGGAUUUGCUGACAGAGGACGCAGAUACUGCACCAAUAGGUAUAUUGUACGAUAUCAUAAGUGGCCCAACGCAAGGACGAAUCGUUAUGCUCGAUAAAAACCAGAGCAUGGACGACGCGCAUUCUAUAAACAAAUUCACGCAAGAGGACAUAAACAACGGGAGAGUUGUUUACGAACAUUCUGGAAUGCUACAGACGGCCACGUUCUAUUUCAGAGUGUGGGACGGGCAAUUUAAGCCCACUUACACUGUUUUCACCAUAGACGUCGUACCGGUGAUUCUAAACGCCACCUCCCUCCAUCCGAUCUACCUUCAACAGGGCUCCAAUGUAGCGACAGUGACCACAGAUCAGAUACACGUGGAGACCAACGCGAAAAAGUCCAAAGUGUGGUACAACAUCACACGUCAGCCGCUCCACGGAAUGAUUUACGUUGGACGGAGCCCCGUUACGUAUUUUUCCCAUAAAGACCUGAUGGAUAAGGUCGUUAUAUACAUGCAGAAUGAUAUGACCACGGCCAACGACAGUUUCGAACUAAUAGCGUACGCGCACAAUAGUAAUUCUACUCUACCGUUUGCCAUAGAAGUGAUUGUUGAGCCGCUGAUGGUACUAGGAGACGUGAAAGUGGAGGGAGAUAAAGCCAAGUUGACUCUGCAGAGUAUGGAUGCUACGGAACUCGCUAAACUGACAGCGAGCGAUCCUGUAUACACAAUCAUAAAGAAACCGAAGUAUGGCACCAUAAAGAAAAUUAUUAGAAGUUCGGGGGAGAAGACGAGUGCGAGGGAGAGGGAAGUAGCGUAUUUCACCCACGAAGAUGUAAAAGCUGGCGUGAUCUAUUUCGUGAUUAAAAAGAAGUUUAAUCAGUUGAACGGGCUCGAGGAUAGUUUCCGGUUUCUUUUGGCUGCGUCGAUAUUUCAACCUGCGGCUGGUGAUGUAAAGAUUAUCAUUGGAAGCAGAUCGAAGAAGAAUUUGCCGGGACCAAAUGAUCCCGAGAGUCACGAAGGAGUGCCGGUGAACAAUAGUGAAUCAACCUCAUACUACAUGACGAUAGUGAUGGCGCUAUCUGGCGUCGUGUUGGCCAUCGUGGUGAUAGCAGGCUUGAUCAAAUGCCGUCGCUACAUGGCACACGAGAGGAACGCACUCGUGAAAAUACACGGCCAAGGUCAAGGGGCGGUCGCUCCUAUUCCACUGCCGAGGCCACCUGAACACUUGAUGCCUUCCCCCUCUCAGGCAACGCCGCCUAUAAAACGAUAUGUUCCAUCAGAGCAGUCGGUGACCACUGGGGCAAGCACGCCGCUGCCAUCUGCUGGCAGUGUGGCUUGUAAGGUCACUCCAUUGGCUGACGCGCCCCCAGAUAUUAACGCGCGGUACCCAUACGGUGCCGAUGCCGAAGAGUGGAGCAAUUACGAAGCGAGCGAGUCUGCGUAUGCGGGAGUAGCGGUUGCAGCGAAUCCGAUGCUGCGUCGCAACCAAUACUGGGUCUGA